UGUGGUUGACACGAACCGCCGAUGAUGGGAUCGGGUUGGGCCAAUAUAUGCGGAUUCAGACCGGACUUUUUCGUGUUUUUUUUGUCUCAACCGGCUCUGUCCAAGAAGGUUGCGGCAGCUCGUCAGACCCUGGCCCUGGCCCAGGACCGUCCGUGGGUCCCACCACAACUGGGAAUUCGCCGCUCCGCUAGCCACCACCACAUCAUCAACGAGAGAGGGACGAUCUUCCGACGUGUCACGCCACGCUGGCUCCCAGAGUCUUCCUCCGCACGCCUUUAAACUUCCCCCCGUCCUUUUGGCGCCUGUCCUCUCUCUCUCUCUCUCUCUCUCUCUCUCUCUCAAGAAUGGACGACUCAUCCUCUGGUCUGCCGGCGUUACGGAAGAGACCGGACGACGGAGGGGCCGGCGGCUCCCCGCCGGAGAAGAAGCCGUGCAUAGAACCGGUGCCGGAGGAUCUCCUACGCGACUGCGACGAUCUGGGAGAGGAGCCGUUGCCUUGUUUCGCUUUCGAGGAGGCGCUGGUGAGCGAGGUAAUGAAGGAGUUGGAGGAGACGAUCAAGGGGUCGACGCGAUCGGCGACGACUACUCGGAUGGAAGACCUCUCGGGGCCCCUUGUCUCCGUAGCUGGCUCCAGCGUCAUGGCCAGUGUCGAUGUUGGCCACGCGCCGGAACUCUUCUAUGCGGCCACCAUUGGUUUGCGCCCUACCUUCCUCGACGGCGGGAACCCAGGGGCAUCCUUCGUCGAGCCCGCGUCGGUCUGUUCCGACGGGUGGAGAGGCGAGGGAGGUCACGGAGAGGCGGCGACCAGUAAGUUGGACGAGGAGAAGGAGAAAGAGGAGGAGGAGUGGUUGACGCGUGUGUUGAGUGGGCCCUCGUUAGACUUCGAGCAAGGGUUUCUAGGCUUGUAGGGCCGACGCAUAAAGGCAAAACAUCAGCCAUCAGUUCUGUCGUUUUUUUUUUCUUUGUCAUCCAGGCUUUCUUCGGCAUGACUUACGGACUCGCCAAAAUGUACAGGAAAAUCAGAAAAGGAGAAACCACUAGCUCGUCUUCUGGUGCCUUUCCUUCCGUUCCGUACCCGCCUUUUUCGCUUUCUCUUGUUGCAUUGCUGUAAAUGGCCACAUGAAUGAAAUAGUGCCAGG